UUUCUUUGAGGAUGGUUUGCGACGACAUAUUUGCACAGCACCGGACGAGGAGAUUUGGCUGUUCCUCAGAGACGAUGGAGGCUGACACAUCCAUGGACGACGUGGAUACGACGAUCUUGAUUGACUGCGUAUGGAGGGAGGAAUUCGAUGUUCCAGCGAGGCCCAUGGAUGAUGCUGAGAGGGAGGGACCAUCGUUUGAUGAGAGUUUUCGUUUGCUUUGUGAGCAAGUGGAGGCACUCAGAGCUUAUGGACAAGCGGUCAAGGAGGAGCUGCGGCUAAUGGAUGAGGAGACAGAGUAUGAGGAGAUGCCUACGUUUGAUGUACAGGAUCCUGUGAGGACUGUUUUGCCUCAGUCCUGUGCGACUCCCUCCCUACCUGCUGAUCUUGAUGUACCUGGUGUAGUGGCAGAUGUCCCUGAUGCUCCUGAUGUGGUGGCAGAUAUUCCUGAUGUGGUAUCAGAUGUUCCGGAUGUAGUGGCAGAUGUUCCUAGUGUGGUGGCAGAUGUUCCUGGUGUGGUGGCAGAUGUUUCUGGUGUGGUGCCACAUGUCCCUGAUGCUCCUGUGAUGCCAGAUGCUCCUGGUGUGAUGGCAGAUGUUCCUGAUGUGUUGGCAGAUGUUCCUGGUGUAGUGGCAGAUGUCUGUGAUGUUCCUGGUGUGGUGCCAGAUGUCCCUAUUGCUCCUGGUGUGGUGCCAGAUGCUCCUGGUGUGAUGGCAGAUGUUCCUGGUGUGGUGCCAGAUGCUCCUGGUGUAGAGGCAGAUGCUCCUAGUGUGGUGGCAGAUGUUCCUGGUCUAGUGGCAGAUGUUCCUGGUGUGGUGCCAGAUGUUCCUGGUGUGGUGCCAGAUGUCCCUGAUGCUCCUGGUGUGGUGCCAGAUGUUCCUGGUGUGUUGGCAGAUGUUCCUGGUGUAGUGGCAGAUGUUCCUGGUGUGGUGGCAGAUGUUCCUGGUGUGGUGCCAGAUGUUCCUGGUGUGGUGCCAGAUGUCCCUGAUGCUCCUGGUGUGGUGCCAGAUGCUCCUGGUGUGAUGGCAGAUAUUCCUGAUGUGGUGGCAGAUGCUCCUGGUGUAGUGGCAGAUGUUCCUGGUGUGGUGGCAGAUGUUCCUGGUCUAGUGGCAGAUGUUCCUGGUGUGGUGCCAGAUGUUCCUGGUGUGAUGGCAGAUGUUUCUGAUGUGUUGGCAGAUGUUCCUGAUUAUGUGGCAGAUGUUCCUGUUGUAGUGGCAGAUAUUCCUUUUGUGGUGUCAGAUGUCCCUGAUGCUCCUGGUGUGGUGCCAGAUAUCCCAGAUGCUCUUGGUGUGGUGCCAGAUGUCCCUGAUACUCCUGGUGUGGUGCCAGAUGCUCCUGGUGUGAUGGCAGAUGUUCCUGAUGUGUGGCAGAUGCUCUUGAUGUGUGGCAGAUGCUCCAGGUGUAGUGGCAGUUGUUCCUAG